AUGUGUUCGGCGCUGACCUUUUACUCCUCCUUCCCUGUCAGGGUGAGCUGGCUGCUGACAUUGCCACCGCAAAGGGAGCAGCCAAUCUACACCACCAGGGCCCAUGUCUUCCAAAUUGACCGAACAACCAAGAAGAACUGGGUCCCAGCAAGCAAGCAGGCUGUCACAGUCUCCUAUUUUUAUGACAGCACACGCAACAGCUAUCGCAUCAUCAGCGUGGAUGGUUCCAAGGUUAUCAUCAACAGCACCAUCACCCCUAACAUGAUGUUCACCAAGACGUCGCAGAAGUUCGGCCAAUGGGCGGACAGCAGGGCCAACACAGUCUUUGGUUUGGGCUUCAGCUCCGAGCAGCAGCUUGCCAAGUUUGCAGAGAAGUUUCAGGAAGUCAAAGAGGCAGCCAAAACGGCCAGAGACAAAUCUCAGGAGAAGGUGGAGCUGCUGAGUAAUCACUCCCAGCAGGAGUCUGGACGUGAAACUCCAACAGGCAACCAGGCUUCCAGCAUCAACGGCACCGAUGAUGAGAAGAUAUUUCAUGUUGGUCCAGAGACUGUCCUGCUGAAGAAUGAGAACGAUCUCCUCAAGAGUGCCGUAGAACAGAGCAACAGCAACGCCAAGAACUUGGAAACUGAGCUGCAGACGUUAAGAGAGAAUAAUGCCAGGCUGGUUGACGCGCUGCAGGAGUCCUCUGCUAAUGUCGAGAGCUGGAAGAAACAACUCAGCGCUUCCAAGGAGGAGAGUGACACGCUCAGGGCGAAGAUCGCCGACCUGGAGGUUCAGUGUAACGAGGCCAGUCAAGAGAAGCAGCGAAACGCUCAACUGGGUGUACGCGUGCAGGAGUUGGAGGCCGAGCUGAACGACAAAGAGCAGGAGCUGGAAAAUUUGAGGAAGCAGGCAGAGACCAUUCCUAUACUAAUGGCCGAAUGCGAGAGCGUCACUUCCAAACUACAGUCCGCAGAGAUAAAGAACCGAGAGUUGGAAGGGAGGAUCGACGUCCUCCACUUGGACGUGGACGAAAGUCGCCAGAAGCAAGGCAACAUCAAGGGCGAGCUGAAGAAGUUCAUGGACGUCCUGGACGUGAAGCUGGACGAGCUGCACGAGUUCCGACGGGGUCUGUCCCGGCUGGGAGCUGACAACUAG